GUUUGUAUUCUCUUCCCCCUACCCGUGUCCAGCCGUCUACUGACGUGUAUACUCUUCAACAAGCACGUGAUGAACAGCGCCUGCAGACCGUUGCUCGUGACCAACCCAUAAGGCCAUGACAAAUAAUGUACUCUGCACACCGACUGUCUGCCAGCCUGUCUGCCUGUCUGUCUCCGUCCAUCCAUCCAUCCAUGUGUAUGCAAUGGUCAGAAGCCAUCGAAAGUCAUCCGUGGGUCGGCAGCCUUGCCCCCGCGGCCGCCCCGGCCCCUCCCGCGGCCUCUCCCCCUACCCCGCCCCCUCCCUCUCCCACGCCCCCUCCCUGAUCCACGCGCACGCAUCCGCCCAAACCUGACACACACACACACAGAGAGAGAGAGAGAGAUGGUGGGUGCGUGUGCAUGGAGGGGAGAGGGGGGGGGGAGGGUUGCUAUGUGUACGUUGAUUCGACGUAGGAGUUGAGGAGGGGGUCGCACACGAUGCAGGCGGUGGUCUCGCACGAGCCGUCCUUGAGGGGCGUGUUGUUCUUGUUGAAGACCACGUCGAGCAGGCUCGCGCUGCAGGAGUCGCAGCUGUCCUGAGACACCGAUAUCUCUGCACACACAGACAGACAGAGGCACACGACAAAGGGUGUGGUGUGUGUGUGUGUGGAUGGCUAUACGACUGACUGUGUGCGUUUUCGAUGAGCUUGAGCUGGUAGUUGCAGACGUUGCAGUCCAUCUUCCUGCAGCAAGCACCUCAGACAGGUCUGUCUUGUGCAGCUUACGGUGCCUCUCUGCGUGUGUUCGGUGCCUUCUUACCACUUAGGCUGCGAGGCGAUGGAUCGAUCACCAUGCGAAGAGUACGCACCAACACAAAGAGGGAGGGGGUAUGAAGUGAAGCCUACGCCGGCGUGUUCGUUCCUUGGCUGUUGCUCACUCACCGCUGAGUUGACGUCAAGAUAGAGCGUGCCGCUGCCUGCAGCACCAAGACAUAACACGUUUACCGGUCAAUCAAAUCGCCUCUCUCUCGUCCCAUAUGGCGGCUUACAGUUCUCUUGUGGGCAGUUGAUGACCCCGACGGCCGCGAUGGAGUGCUUACACGUCGGGUGCAUGCAGUCGACACACGACAUGCCCUCUGAACGGCCACCACACACCCCACACACACCUCAUCGCAUGGUGGGUGCGGGCGGGGCGGGGGGUUACACUCACUUUGGCGUGAUGCGGUUGUGUCUUUGCCGAAUGGUGGGUCGUUGUAGCACAGAGGACACAGCGGAUGGCUCUUGCCGCCUUCAUCAACAUACGCACACACACACACACACACACAUCCAUCCAUCCAUCUCUCCCCUGUUUCUACCCGUAUGCAUACCCUUGACAGUGAAGAGCACCAGCUCAAACUCAUCGAGAGGACACUUAAGCUCCUUGUACAACUGCAUGAACACACACACACACACACACGGGUGCAUCAAUCUGUAUAUGUCCGUCUGUCUGUCAGCCACCGACCUUGAUGGAUCCCCCCUGCGGCACGGCAUAAGUGACGUUGCAGUGUCGGCAGUGCAGCCGAGUGGGCCGCUUGUCGAUCAGGUGGAGGUAGCGCUUGCAGUGGCCGCACCGGCUGAUGGCCUGGCCCGUCGAGGCCAGGGUGGUGAAGGUGGCCUCGAACAGACCGUCCAUCAGCUCAAUCUGCGCACACAUCCAUCCACGUGUGUGGGGGGUGGUGUGGGGCGGUGUGGGGCGGUGUGGGGAGGCAGGGAGGGAGGGGAGGUGUGCAUACGGACCUUCUUGACGUAGUAUUCGAAUUUCAUUCUGAACAUCCUCAGUGAGUGCGCCACCACCGCCUGCAUGUUGGCCUUCCCUGCACACACGCAGACAGCUCUCUCUCUCUCUCUCUCUGUCAGGGCGUGUGUGUGUGUGUGUGUGUGUUUGUGUCCGAGUAGUUUGUUUGCCUUUUGCAAUGAGGUCGACGAGCGACUCGAUUGUGGCCCUGACGGUGGGCAGCACCAGCUCAGAGUCGAUCAUGUGAUAGCCGUGCACCAGAGCCACACCCAACUUGGUCGGCUCCAGACGCCGACUGCCCACCUGCACAAAGGUGUGUGUGGGUGUCUGUCUGUCUGUCUGUCUGUCGGUGUGUGCGUGUGUCUUCUUGCUGACCAGCUGCACGUAGUUCCUCUCACAGAUGUUGUUGAUGUGUGUGGGCAUGGAGGCGUCCGUGCCGAUGCCGUACUUCUCCAUCAGACCCAGCAGCUCACUCUCGGACAAGUAGUCGGGCGGGCUGGUCUUGUGACUCUAUUGCGCACACACACACACAUAAAGAGCUACCACCAUGUGAGUGGUGUGAUGAUGAUGCCCCGCACCGAUAUGCUGACACUCGACGGCACGAUUUUGUCGCCCUUCUGGAACUUGGGCAGGGGGAUGUCCUGCAUCUCUCCCGACCUCUGCACACCCGUGAACCCGGGAUCAAUCAGACGGCGGCCUGCCCAUGCACGCAGCCAACACACACACACACACACACAUCCAUCCAUCCAUCCAUAUCUGUGUCGUACCAGCGACGCUGAAUCGCUCCCCGUUGAUGUCGAACCGCACACGAGUCCGCCAGAACUUGCAGUCGGGGCUGACGGUGGCCAAGAAGUGCCGGGUGACCAGCUCAUACACACGCCACGCAUCGCCCCCACCCACAUCGCCCUCCGUCGCACAACGCACUGGCGUGAUCGGCGGAUGGUCGCCCGCAUCAUGACCCUAAGAGCGACGGACGGCAUCACACACGCACCGGAGACGGUCAUUGUCGCUGUGCAUGUGCCCGCCAGAUCCCGCCAGAUCUCAUCAUCUUACCUCUCUGGGCUUGGCGAGUCCCUUUUGCAGCAGCUCCCUGACGUAGGCGCCCCACAUGGGGUGGCUGGACUGCUCUGCCGCCGUCUUGCGGAGGUCGAAGUUGGGGGGGUACUGGUUGGUCUCUGUCCGAGGGUAGGUGAUGUACCCGGAUAGGUACAGUCGCUCUGCUACCUGACACACACAUACACACAUGACAUGGGAGGUGUCUGUGUCUGUGUCUGUGUCUGUGAGACCACCCUCAGGGCUGACCUGCAUGGCCUGGUGUGGUCCGAUUCCGAGUCCGGACGAGGCGGCCUUGAGCAGGGCCACGGUGUUAAGCGCCGUCGGCCUCGCGCGCCGCUCCUCCUUCUCGCUGAUGUCCAGCACCUCUGCUGCCGCACUGCUCUCACGCACCUGCACACACAGAGGGAGAGAGAAGGACAUGUAUGGGUGUUGGUCUGUCUGCUUCUGUGUGUGUGGAUGGAUGGAUGGAUGGAUGCCCACGAUUUGGAGGAAGGUGUUUGCGAUGACUUGGUCGAAGACGCGGCCUCUUUCCCACUCUAAGGUCAUGUCGUAGUCGCUCACCUUCAGAGAAACGUUGAUCUGACGACACGUACACACACGAUGCCAUGUGUGUCUGUCUGCUUGUGUGUCUGUCUGGUUGUUGAAGACGUACGCAGUAGUAGGUUUCCGGCUGGAACGUCUGGAUCUCGUCAUAUCGCUUGACGCAGAACUGCAGAGUGGGCGUCUGGCAGGGGCCAUACGACACGCAGCUGCUGUCCAGAUCACCGUACUUGCCCUAAACACACACACGCACAGAGAGUGAGGAGCUGAGCAUGGCCCAUCCAUCCAUCCAUCCAUCCAUCCAUCACCUGGAAGUACUGCGUCUGAAACCGCGUGAAUGCGACGCCCACUUUGAGGUCCAACUCCUGCCGCGCAUCCACGGCCUGCGCCUCGUUCUUGUUGGGCGCCACAAGGCUGCCCAUCGCCUUGUGGAUGUCGGGCGCAGCCAGAGACGAGAAACGCGCGCGCCACACCUGCAUUGCAGUCAAUACACACACCACGAUGGCUGAUGUCUGUGCUUGUGUGUGGGUGUGUGUGAGAGAGAGUGUGGGCCAAGGUGCUUACAUUGGUUUGGUUGCCCGAUCUGACGAGGUUUGGUUCGACUGACUCUAGCACCUCAAAGCAGAUGUUCUCCCCCUCUCUGUCGCAGUCGAGCCACAGCACGACGUGGUGGCAGCCGCGGGCCUCCGAGGCAAGAUGCUUGGGCAGCCGGGUCUGGGGUUGUUGAAUGAGUACACAGACACACACACAUCAACAGACAGAUGGAUGAUGCGAUGCGUGUGUUCAUCCGGGGUUUGUGACCUUUUCGUUGGCCUCUUUCUUGAUCACAGGUGCGUCGAAGAGGGUCAGCGGAUCGGUGCGGUCCUGGGGGGACAGACACGUAUACAGACACACACACACAGACAUUCGCCCUGAAGGAGGCGGCGUGUCUGAAUCAUACCCAUCGUUGAUACUCGGGAGGGAAGUCGGUCGUGUAGACGUGGCCCUGUCACACAACACACCAACACACACAAAGGACAUCCAUCGGCCCAUCUGUGCCCAUUUCGUGAGCGCAGCGUUACCGUGGUUGACGUCACCUUGAAGUGCGCCGCUGAUCACACGCACACACAGGCAUGCAGACCAUCACAGCGUCGCGCGUGCCAUCCAUCCAUCCAUCCACCUGUACACCCAUACCUUGGCCGCGAAAUGUCCCCUGGUACUCGUGAACCGGACUCGCAGGCGAGAUCUGCACCAGCCAGAAUGAAAUCAAUCACAUCAGCCGUUGGCAUCAUCUGAGCAUACAGCUGGCUGGCUGACCGACUGACUUACCCCUUUCCUCGAGGUCUUCUUGCCGUGUGAGAGGAUGGACGCGAUGGUGUCGCUGAUGGACGGCUUCUCAGCCACCAUCAACACACCCAACGGCAUCCUGCUUCUCGACGAAGAUCCGGCUGCUUGCUCUCCAGAUCCGCCUGUUCUGCCUCAUUUCAUGGCCAUCUCGUGGCCUGUAGAGGAAACCGGCAUCAUGUGC